UGGACUUAAAAUCCUGGCCCAGUUUUCCAAGUCUAAUGGGAAAUCCACUCCCUCACUGCUAUACCAGGAGCUCAUAUGUGUGCACAAGUAUGUGUGCACAUUCUGCUACUGAAUCGUAAAUUUCCUAAAUGCCGUGCAAAGGCUGACGCCCACCAGGGGGCACUCUGCAGCUAUGAAUGAUGAUCAAACAUGCAGCCACAUACGUGCCCCUUAUUGCUUUCUCAGAAAGAACAGCAAUUACAUGCGUUCUGGGUUUGCCACGAUGCCACGUUUCACAAAACGGUCGUUUGCUACCUUUCUCUUAAUAACCUUCAGCUGUUCUCCUGGGCACCAUCAAAGGAGUCCCUGCUGAUGUGACGCUUUUAAAAAUUGCAUUCAUCCCCCUCCAGAAGAUCUUCAUUUUAAAGGUCAUUACAAUGAGCCUGACUGCGAGAAGGUACAUGUUGACUUAAUUAGGAAAUGAGUAACAUUUGAAGUAAAGAUGACCCAUGGUAUCAAUGAGGAGUUGUACUGUGUGGAAGGGUUUGGGGUGCUUGUGGGGUCCAGUAUUUGACAUUCAGGAUGACUGUCUUUUUCAUCCUGCUGAUUUAAAUCACAGUUGUGUGUGCAUGCGUGCAAUUGCUGUUAUACUCAGUGCUUAAUGAAGAAAAAAAAAAUCAUUAGUGAAUUAAACUAGAAAGGAGAUCUAAGUGAGUUUUAGAGUGCUCGUCAGUAAUAUGUAAGAAAAUUAAAUGUGACUUAAGAGCAUUUUCCUUGCUGUUUUCAUUAGAUUUGAGGUCGCCAUUUCAGGGAGGCAUCAUUGCCCCGGUUCCCCAUGAUUGCUGGUUCAGGCUUGGCCUGUCUGGUCUGAGUCUGAAUGUUGUUGCUGUGUGUGUGUGUCUGUGUGUGUUGUUUCCUGAUGCAGUUUGAAUGAAACCUCAGAUCUGAACCGUUUGUGUUCAGGUUCUCUGUGACGCCUCAAAUCCUGCAUUUGUCCCAUCACUCGUUACUGAUAAGUAGCCACAGAAAAUGGAUGGGCAGGUUUUCCUCUCGGUAUUAAUUGUACCAUGAUACAGGCGCAAGUGGCUGGAUAAAUGACACCCUGCAUGCAACAACGAAUGUGAAACAUCUGUGGUUUGUCUGGUAAACGGCCCCCGUGAUGAGCCAGGCAGGCAGAGAAGAACAACGCGGAUGAAGGCAAGACUGUCAAGUCCUCAAAACAAGCAUUUUCAUUCCGCGCUUCAACUUCUGACGUACCCUGUAUUUAUGCCUGGUUUCGGGGCGAAAAUGUUGGAGCUUGUCAGAGGAAAGAAAGCGGUGAUAAACAGAGAGGAAAAUAGAGAAUUAACGCAGAGGAGGCGGCCUGGACAGCCACUAAAGACAGAGGGAAUCAGGGCAAUGAUGAGACAGCGAGGAAGUGAAUUCUAGAGAGAAAAGGAGAAGAGUUAUGACAAGACGAAGAGGACUGAUUCAAAACAAAAUGGUGAACAAAACACUCUAAAAGGAAAGAGGGGGUGCUGCGAGGGAGGCUGGGGGAGACGCACACACACACACAUGCACCCACAACGAGCAGACUGGCACACCGACAGAGGGAGGGGGAGAGAGAGAGAGCAGUCAUUCCAGUAGCCUUUCAUCUGCCUUCAAAAGACGGUGGAAUAGCAGCAGAGGGAGAUGGUAUGAGUGACAGAGUGAAGAGAGGCAGUGGGGAGAGAGACUAGCGAGGAAGUCCAAGAAAAAAGCGAGAGGACCAGCCUUGGAGAUCCCAGGUCCCCCCCACCCCUCAUCGCCCCCCACCCUACUCCGGAGAACGCCAGAAUACAACGAGCGGAUAAAAGAAAGCAGGAGUGUGUCAGAAAGACAGAGACUUUUGAAUGUGCGUGGAUACUACAUGGAGGACGAGAGGGACGUCUGAGUCCACAACGGGAGACGGAGACGGAAGGAGAUAGAGGGAGAGGAGGACAUUUCCAGGUCUGUCUUAUCAAACUGCAGUUUCCUGAGGAAGAAGAGACCACAGCAUGAAAGCGAGAAGUUCGAAGUAGGAUGAGAAUCAGGAAGACUGAAGGGGAACUCCUUCAAUGUGUUAAUUUUCAGAUGCCGUUUUUUAAAAAAAGAGACGUAGGGUUCAAUAUAUCUGUCAGGAAACCACAGUCAGAACAAAAACAGGAAUUCAUUUUCCUCCAAAGCAUAUGGUCCCUUCCUCCCGUCUUCAUCCGUCGUUUACACCGUGUUUACAAAAGUGACAGAUCAGGCAGUGGAUGGAAGCGACUGCAGGAGAGAAAGUGAGAGGGGGAGAGAGAGAAAAAAAGAAGAGGAGAAAUGUUCUGGAUGGUGUUAAAUGCUAUUUGAAGAGAGUGUAAAGCGCUUCACUGGCUUAGCCUGGCAAAGAUACAGCUGUUUAUGAGAAAGAAACGCAACUUUACCAAAUGAUAACCCGAGCGGGGGAAAUGCGGAGUGAGACGAAGUGACUGUGAUGCGUAGAGACGGAGAAAGUUGAGAACGGAAAGGCGAGAAAAGGCGAUAAAAAAGAAAAGCAAACAAGAAGAGCAUCCUCAUAUAAACACUCUGAAAAGCGACGAAGUGCGUGACACGGCGGGUGAAAAAGCCAGACAGACAGCCGCCACACGCGUUUGCGAAGGAACGGGCGUCAAGAGGAAGACGCAGACAGCCGCGAAAGGACGAGAACCCAUCACUACUCUUUCGUUUCUCUUUGUCCUUCUGCAAGUCGAGGAGUGGUAAAGAGACAGAAACGCAAGGAAGAGCAUAAAGCGAGCGGAGGGAGGAGGCGCGCCGGGGGGGGCGAGAGCAACACCGCCGCCCGGGGGAGCGGCAGCGCGUUGCCAUGGCGUUCACCUUCGCCGCUUUCUGCUACAUGCUCACGCUGGUGCUCUGCGCUGCUCUCAUCUUCAUCGUCAUCUGGCACAUUAUUGCCUUUGACGAUCUCCGGCAAGACUUCAAGAAUCCCAUCGACCAGAGCAACCCCACCAGAGCAAGGGAAAGGAUAAAGAAUGUUGAACGAAUCUGUAACCUGCUACGAACUCUGGUGGUCCCUGAGUACUGCAUCCAUGGGCUCUUCUGCCUGAUGUUCAUGUGUGCAGCAGAGUGGGUGACCCUGGGCCUCAACAUCCCCCUGCUUUUCUACCACCUGUGGAGGUAUUUCCACCGGCCCGCUGAUGGCUCAGAGGUCAUGUACGACCCAGUGAGCAUCAUGAAUGCAGACAUCCUGAAUUACUGCCAGAAGGAGUCCUGGUGCAAGUUGGGAUUCUACCUGCUCUCCUUCUUCUAUUACCUGUACAGCAUGGUAUACACCUUGGUGAGCUUCUAACCUGGGAAGACAAAGGCGGCGAUCCAGAGAGCGUCUUACCCAUUGCUCUCCUUUCCACUACACCUCAUCACUCCAUCCCAGGACGCCACGUAGCUCACUCUCCUCUCCUCGGCCGCUGGGCGGGGAGAGUGUUUACCAAGCAAAACAGCCGGGGGGGGGG